AUGUCGAACAAGAUUAAAGAAAAAAACAAGUUGAAAAAAAAAAAAGGAAAAAACGAUCCACAGCAGAAGAAAUUACAAAAAUAUAUGAACAAACUUUGGGGAUUUUCAUCAUCCGAAAAUGAAGAAGAAAAUGAAAAUGAAAAUGUAAAUGAAAAUGUAAAUGAAAAUGUAAAAGAAUAUGAAAAUGUAAAUGUAAAUGAAAAUAAGGAUGGUAAUAAAUAUGAUACAGAACAUAAAAGUAAAAAUAUAAAAAAUAAUGAUAAUCUAAUAAAUAUAAAUAUAAAUAAUAAUAAUAAUAAUAAUAAUAAAAUGGAAUAUAUAUUGAGUGAAAACCAUAAAAAAAAGGAUUAUCCUGCUGAUGGAGAUCUUAAUAUAUUAGUUAACGAUAAGAGAAAAAAAAAUAACAAGAAUAAUAAUAAUAAUAAUAUUAAUAGUACAAGUAAUGAUAAAAAUUUAUCUUUGGGAAUUGGAAAUAACAAAAAAAUUCAAGAGAAUCAUAAAAAACAUAAUAAUAAUAAUAAUAAUAAUAAUAAUAACGAAAAUACAGUAUUUACAAAAAACUCGACAACGAAAAAUCAUUUGAAUGAUAAAAAUUUAUAUAAAGAAAAGUUAAAAGAAAAAAAGAUUUUUAUGGACACAGUUCAUGAAAUAAGAAAAAUGACAUUACCAUAUCUUGAUAAAUUUCAAAGAAAAAAUGUUCAGAAUUUUCAAAUAAAAACACUUGGAGGCAAAUUUGAUAAAAGUUCAAAAGUACAUUAUACAGAACUUAUGUCUAGAAAAAAAUCAAUAAAAAAAUAUAUUCAGAAAAGAAAAGAAAAAGAUAAAAUUUUAGGAGUACAAACACAAACAGGAAAUUAUAUUGAUAUGCAGGAUGUUUUUAGAAAAAACAAGAAAAAAUAUAAAUCAAAAAAAAAGGAAAAACUCUUUUAA